CAAUAAGCAGCAAAAUGUCACAGAAUUUGGAAGUUAUCGUACCGAAAAAAAUCUACCGGUACAUCAUGAAACGUGUCCACACAGUUGGUAACCACCGUAGAGAAGAUUGUGGCACAGACGAGUUGUUUGCUUAUUGCUACUUGAAGACCAAUCGAGUCUACCAACCAGAAAUUCUCGAAUCGAUAGUACGCAAAGCAACGGAAACUUUGGAAUCGUACCGUCUUCUAAAUCGAACCGAACAAGGAAAGUAUCGUCUGAAUCCUUUGGUAACCAGUCGAAAUCCGCACCAUGAGCUCCGUGUUAAUGUUGCCGAUGAAAAUUCGACCCACGACACUGGAAGAACCAACGACGUCUUCACUUCCAUGUUUGGCGUUGGACAGAUUUUACAAGCAACGGUCAACAUUAUCAAUCGAAUGGGAAAACAUGUCACUCUACCAAACGAUCGGAACUGUUCGAAAAAGGAUGAAACUAACGAACCUGAGCCGCAAGCGGCAAUGGAAGAACUUCUAUCGGUUUCAGGCACUCGAGAUCUUUCAAAGGAUCCGUUCAAGAUGGUGGAACCGGAAGGGGAAAGUUCAGUGGAACAAAUAAACGCUCUCCCAAACGUUGAAGAUCAAUCCGCCCAGGAACCGAAAGCAGAAGCUGACGAAUGAUCAAUCUUGCGAGAGAAAGUCGAACCGAAUCACCUUCUGGCAGAACAACAACAAUUCCGCACGAGCGAAUUUCUAACGCUAGCCCUACCAACAACCGGUCCGAAUAACAAUUCGAUUGCAAUGAAUUUUUCAACUGUCAGC